CGCGACAACAGAAUAUCACCUUCCUCCUCCUCUCUGCUCUGCCCAUCGCUUUGACAUUUUUUUCAUCCAGAAAGCUAGACUCCAACAACUCUCUCUCUCUCUCUCUCUCUCUCUCUCUCUCUCUCCCUUACCAUGAGGAGAAAGAAGAGAGAAACCAAAAGGCCUAACAUACCUGCCGCCGUGCUCCACUGGAUUCUCUUUACGCGUCACUACCUGGUUCAGUUUCCGUUACUCACCGCUUUCUUCGGUUUCCUCCUCCUUCUCUUCGCCGCCUUCGCUUUCCUCUCUCCUCUUCCUCCUAUCAUCAACCACCACAACCACUCCUCACAAUUAAAAAAUGGAGCUAAAGCGGAAGAGUCAACGCUAAGUAAAGAGACGUCGUCGUUUCAUGUUCCGAGAAGUGGAGGGCGCUUAGGGAGUCAUUUAUGGAGCUCAAGGUCAUCGAAGUUUUACUAUGGCUGCAGUAACGCCAGCGAGAGCUUUGAAACUGCUGAUACGAGAAAGAAUAGUGAUCGGUACUUGUUGAUUGCUACCAGUGGAGGGUUAAAUCAACAGAGAACAGGGAUAACAGAUGGUGUUGUUGCAGCUUAUAUCUUGAAUGCUACUCUUGUUGUUCCUAAGCUGGAUCAGAAGUCUUUCUGGAAUGAUAGUAGCGAUUUUGCUCAAAUUUUUGAUGUUGACUGGUUCAUUUCAUUCCUAUCAAAAGAUGUUACUAUCAUCAAACAGCUCCAUGCAAAGGGUGGGAAAGCGCUGAAUCCAUAUAGGAUGCGGGUUCCAAGGAAGUGUACUCCCACAUGCUAUCUGACGAAAGUUUUACCUGUUCUUAAUAAGAAGCAUGUUGUUCAGCUCGGAAAGUUUGAUUACAGGCUCUCGAAUAGGUUGGACCCAGAUUUACAGAAGCUAAGAUGCAGGGUCAACUACCAUGCUUUAAAAUUCACGGACACAAUUCUUGAAAUGGGCAAAAAACUGGUUCAGAGAAUGAGAAUGAAGAGUGAGCACUUCAUUGCCCUGCACUUGAGGUUUGAACCUGAUAUGCUUGCAUUCUCGGGAUGCUAUUUUGGCGGGGGAGAGAAAGAAAGGAUGGAACUUGGCAAGAUCCGGAGGAGGUGGAAAAGUUUACACGCAAGCAACCCUGACAAAGAACGAAGGCAAGGAAGAUGCCCUCUCACACCAGAGGAAGUUGGUCUUAUGCUGAGAGCUCUGGGUUUCGGAAGUGAUGUUCACUUAUACGUGGCUUCAGGCGAAGUAUAUGGAGGUGAAGAGACAUUAGCACCACUCAAAGCUCUCUUUCCAAAUUUCCAUUCAAAAGAGACUUUAGCCAGCAUGAGAGAGUUGGCGCCAUUUUCAUCAUUUUCUUCUCGAAUGGCUGCACUGGACUUCAUUGUUUGUGAUGAAAGUGACGUUUUUUCUACCAACAACAAUGGAAAUAUGGCCAAGAUAUUAGCUGGUCGAAGGAGGUAUUUCGGGCACAAACCAACAAUUCGUCCAAAUGCUAAAAAACUGUACAAAUUGUUCAUGAGCCGGCAUAACAAAACAUGGGAAGAAUUUGCCUCCAGGGUCCGAACUCAUCAAAUUGGUUUCAUGGGAGAACCAAAUGAGGUGAAGCCUGGCAGAGGUGAGUUCCAUGAAAAUCCUUCAUCCUGCAUAUGCGAGGAUUCUGCAGCCAAGGCUAGGGCAGGUCUGACUCUGACUCCUCAAAAUCGACUGGAUGAGGGCCAUAAAGAUGGUAAAGAGAAUAUCAACAAGAAUGAGACUAGUGAUGUGACUGAUGAGCUAUCAAUAGAGGAUGAUCAGGAUUUGACUGACAUGGAUUAUGUGGACAAUGGAACAGCGGUUAAAGGUAAAGGUCUGCCUGGUGAAAUGCUUUUGGAGGAAUUCUUUUCCGACUGAGGAAGGAGACCGCAUUUUCCGCAUAACAAGAGCAAUGAGUCCUUUAACCUAACCCGAUUCUUCAACAAAUUCUUUUCUAUCUUCAUCUCCGCCCUUCCCUUUACUUUUGCAACGUCAACAGUUUAUCUUCCGCAACUGCAUUGUGUGAAAAGAUAGACUUUGUACAUAGAGAGGCCUUGGCAAAUAGAAACUUUUUGUAAGUAUAGCUGCUCCAUUCAUGUGGCUUGUUGUAGGUUGAAAGACACAUCAGUGCCUGACAACUGCACUUCUCUCAUUUUUCCCCUUAUUUUCCGGCGAAUUACUCGCCGGAAGGUGAGAUGGGUGUAGAACUGGAGGGGCAUGAAAAUUAUACCAGAAAGACAACUCAACAGUGAAAAUAAAAUAGGGGUUUUUUUUUUGCUUAUGAGAUUCUUUCUUUGUACUUGAAUAGAAAAGGAAGUAGAAAGGAGACUUGGAUAUAAAAAUACAGCAAAUUGAAAAUGAUUCAAUAUAAAGCUUUAUUUAUUUUU